AUGCCUAACCCUAACUUUAAAUUAAGACCAAAAAUAUCAUUUUUGUUCUCAUGAAUUCGUACAAUAUAGGCAAUUCUGACUUUAUCGCUGUGGUAGCUAGUGGAAACUCCAAGCGGUCCCCAGUCGCUAUUCAUUGACUUUGCGGUAUUAUGUACUGUAUUUUGCUGCUUUCAUUUUUUCUUGUAGCUAGCCUGCUAGCUAGUUGUCAACAAUGGGCGAUAGUGAGCAGGUAGAGUGGACGUUUAUGAAAUUAUACCUUAACGAUAUUGGAAACGCUCUUUCAGAUAAAUCUGGAACAUGGAUGUCGAAAAGAAGAAUGGCUGAAAGAACCAGAGAAAUGUUUUGCCGCAGAAUGGGCGCAAUGAACACGCAUCUCAGUGCAAGAGGCGUCGCUACAGUACCUGGUUCGUAUCCAGGCUGCAUCACAUCCGGCCGUGAUUGGGAGUCUCAUAGGGUGGCCCUGCAUUGUCUGGGUUUGGCUGGGGUAGGCCGUCAUUGUAUGUCUUGCCUAGAACCGGCUGCCUAUCAUGAAGAAGAACAGGCAGGGGUGACACCCACUCAAAGGUCUGAGAGGCAGCUGAGAACUCCCCAGAGAAACUCCAGGUGUCAAUGUCCCAGGACGCAUUCUAAACACCUGACAGAAGAAGAGAGGGGCUUUUCUCCUGUGUCUGGGUCUGGGGAGGAGAGCGACAAGGAGGCCUCACCACCAAAAAGGAGGAUCACAAUAAGCAGCUCAAAAAAGACAAGAACCAAGUCUCACACAAAGGAUUAUGAUGACUGUUCUGGGACAGAAUCUGGCAAGCAGCCAGAGAAGAGCACACAAAGAAAGAAAGGGCACAGCAACUCAAAAAAUAAUAAGACUAAUACUCACUGUAAGGAGGAAGAUAAUGACAACUUGUCAGACAAACCAACUGUGGUGGCUUCCCCCAGAAAAAGGAGCAGGCAAUUUAGUGACUUCAAUGUAUUUGAAGCAGAGGCUGAACCAAAUAAUACUGUGUCUGAGCCUGAGGUGGAGGUAGUUGUGGAGGGGGAGACUGAAGUGGCGUCUGCUUCAAAGAGGUGGAAACAGAACAACACCCCCAAAACAACUAAGCAUCAUGCCGAGGACAAAGCUGAGAGUGAACAUUAUGAGUUGGUAGAACAGGCUGACGAGACUCCCAUUAGAAAAAAACUUAGCAAGUCUAAAAAGAUAAGAACGAGGACUCCCCUUGAAGACGUGAAGGAAGAUGAAAGUGACCACUUUGAGACGGAAGUACAUGCUGCAGCUGAAGACACUACCCUGAGAAAAAGACAGAGGAGGUCGAUGGAAUCUAGAAAGAAGAGCUCCAAGAGUCCUUCGAAGAAAGCCAGUGAUGCAGAGAGUGAUGGUGAAUCAGGCAAACAUGUUUCCAAGAGUCUGCCUAAGGACUUACAUAAAGAAGAGAGUGACCAAGAUGCUGAGACAAACUCUAAGAACCUCCGUGAGGAGAGUGACCAAGACUCUCAGACGGAGCCUAAAGGCUUAGGAGCAGAGAAGUGGCACCGCUCUGACCAUCCAGAGGAGGAGAUAGAACAGGAGGUGUUACCUGCAAAGAGAGAAAGAGGACCCAAGAGCAUGAAGACCGUGAAGUUAGAUUCCAACUCUGACUCUGAAAAUGUCACUGUUAAAAACAAAGGCAAAAAGCAAGGUGCCUCGGGUUUGAAGGCACCAAGAGUAAGAUUUAGACCACCUGUAGAGAAAAAGAAAAGGGUGAAAAUACUUCAUAUUUGCAGUUUCUGUGAAAAGGUCCUGCCCAACAGGGAUGCUCUGGGUAGGCACCUUCAGCGUCACACAGGGGAGAAGCCUUACCACUGUGAAGAGUGUGGCAAAGACUACGGCAGCAAAAACACCCUGAAGAUUCACAAUAUGCAGGUUCACCACAAGGGGACAAAGGACUUCAUAUGCAAUGAUUGUGGUCAACAGUUUACCCACUUCACAUACCUCAAACGCCACCUGUACUCUCACACGGACAAGGAAAAGAGGCCACACCUGUGCAAUGUGUGUGGGAAGCAUUUCAUCCAGAAGUCUCACUUGGACCGUCACAAGAUGAUUCACACCGGAGAGAAACCAUUCAACUGCGAACACUGCGCCAUGGCCUUCAAUCGGCCGGACUCCCUGCGGAUGCAUCUGAAGCUACAUGUGUCGGGUAGUGAGGGGCCAAAUCUGGCAGAGCAAGAGAAGACUAAGUGCACAGCGUGUAAGAAGAGCUUUGUCAACCCAAAUUACCUCAAAGUCCACAUGAGAAUACACACGGGGGAGAGGCCAUACAAGUGUGAGGACUGUGCCAAGAGCUUCACCCAGAUCAGUAUUCUCAACGCGCACCGGCGCACGCACACUGGAGAGAAGCCACACGAGUGCAAGGCGUGCGGCAGCUGCUUCACCCGUCGCAAGUACCUGGAUGAUCACAUAGGCAGAAAGCAUGGUUCUUUAGAGCAAAUGAAUGAACAGCAGGAUGAACAAUGAUACCUGAGUUUUUAGGUGUUGUGACUUAAUGUGUGUAACACAUAAUAUAAAUAUUGAAGAUCAGGCAAGGCUGGACUGUUGCCUAGUAGUUUCUCUUGUGAUGUUGCAGGAUGUUUAUUCCUGUCAUGCCAUGAUAAAAAUGCUGUUUUGGCUUUAUAGUGGCGCCCAUUCUGAAAAUGGAUAUGUAGCCUUCGAGAUCAUUCCUUUGAAUCUAUACUAAACUUUGAUGGUCCACACAAUUUACUGUAAUGCUUUAUUGGUUUGCAAAAGUAUGUGGACGGCUGCUAGUUGAAUGGGAAGGCUUUCCAUUAUAUGCUGGAACAUUGCUGCAGGGACUUGCUUCCAUUUAGCCACAACAGCGUUAGUGAGGUCGGGCGCUGGUGUCGGGC